CAUUAGUUGGAAAAGUGUGAAACAAAUAAAUGUUGAUAACUUGUUCAGCUCUAAUUGUUUUAGUUUCAGUAAUAAACUUAAAAAUGUAUCAAUCAAAUUAGAUGCUCAUGUGACUUUUCUGGGUUAACAUCUGCUUGUUAAAACAGUAAAACAGUCACUCAGAAAUGGUGUAAUGAAUAGAAAUGACCAAAAGGUGGCAGAAGAACCUUUUGGUGAAACAACUUUUUUGUGUGUAUCUGUGUGCAAGAUUUGUGGUUCAGAUAUAAUUCUUGGUCCUGCCUGUGUGAAAUUUACAUGUCCAUUCUUUGCAUUUAUUGGUCAGUGUAAUUUGAUUUUAUUUAUAUAGCCCAAUAUCACAAAAAAUCCCUCAUUGGGCUUCAUGGUUCAUAGCUGCUGGGACACUGAUUGUCAGACUUUUAAGUCCAAUUUGGAAACAGGCAAGAAAUCUUCACAUAUUGGACAGACAUACAGUAAUUCAGUUUUACAUAAGCAAAAAGCUGAUCGUAAAAUCAUAUUGAAAGAAUUUAUUCCAUACUUUGCUGGAAACUAUUUUUUUCUAAGCCAUAUGGAGUAGAUAGGUUAAUUAAUGUCUUUGGGCAGGUGGAGAUAGUUAUUAAUAAUUUAGUCAUUGAUUGAUAGACAAUCAGUUGGUAAAAAGAGUAUGUACAAAAAUGAAAAAUGUAUUGCUCUUCUGUAUUUUUCCCCGUUCAGUUCAAACAAGAAAAUGAUUUAAAAAGAAAAAAGUCAAACUCAACUGAAGAAUGUCUACUUAAAAUUAUGUUUAUGUCAAUCAUUUUCAUUUUAGAGUUCAGUCUUGUUUUAAAAUAAAUGUAAGUUCUUUAUAAAACACAUGUCUGACAUAUUUUUCUUCACAUUUCAAAUCAAAUCGAAAUCAUAAGUAGUUGGACAUUUAUGUAUUUUUUUUUUCCUGGAUAAUUCAGUCCCUGCUCGUGACAGGUGUCCGGCUGUGCUUCAGGAAGGUACCAGAUCUACCUGUCUUUAAAUGAAAAUUUCUCCCCAGUCAAAGCCUUCUGUCUUUGAUGUUUUCCACAGUUCGGAAAGAUCAGAUAACAGAAGCCAUUUUCGGCCUAAAGAAGCUUUAGAGGCUUUUGAAAGCAAAUUCUUCACGACAGCCUGCGGCGAAAUUAGGGGAGGAAUUAACCUUAUCUAAAAACGUCUUUACACACCUUUAAACCUAAACCUGCACUACUUUAUUUCUUUUUUUUUUAUUAUUUGUAAGCGCUUUUUGUCAAUUUAAGGCCAACUUUUCAUUGUGUUUAAUAUAUAUGUAUAUAUUUUUACCUUUUUCAACUAUUUUUUCUCCAAAAAUGUGGGUGAGCCAUUUGUUCAUUCUAAAUAAAGCUGUCUCAAUAGAUAUUUUAUCUGUUUUAAUGGAAGAAGGGGGUUUGUUGUGAUUGUCUCACUCAGGUGUUGAUAUGGAAAGGCGCAUGCGCGCGGCGCAGCCGUCAGGUGCGGGGUGAGACGUGAACCUCCCAUGGUUUCACUCAUUCGCUGCGUCUCGUUGGGAUUACUGCGAUCGGAGCUUGUAGAUGUCUCUGCUGGAGAGAAUAGACUGGAGGGAAAGGCACGAUGGCAACAGCAACGGGAACCCGCGGCUGCCCCACCUGCCAGCGGUCAGUCAGCAUCUCUACAGCCCGGCUCCUUCCCUCUCACACCCGGCCAGCUCGGACUUCCAGCCCCCGUACUUCCCACCCCCCUACCAGCCCAUCUCCUACCCACAGCCCACGGACCCCUACUCCCACCUCAGCGACCCCUUCAACAUCAACUCCCUGCAGUCGCCGGCGUCGAACCAGCAGCAGCCGUGGCCCAGCAGGCAGGGCCAGGAAGGGCUCGGCGCCCAUGGGAGGAGCGGUCUGGCGAGUCAGAUCCUGGGCCUGGAGGGAGGUUCGUCCGGGGUGAGGAGGGAAGGCUUUCGGCGGCCGGAGCUGCUGCCCCCGCACAGCCUGGAGUCGUCGGUUAUCGGGGACAGUAUAGGCAUUACUGAAAUGGGCCCAGGGCUGGAAGACGUCCAAAGUGUAGAUGAUCCUGGUAUUAUCAUGGCAGAUCAGACAGUCAUCAAAAAAGUAUUAGGACUACGAGGUGGCAGGAACCUUGAUCGCUUACAGACGACUUAUUAUCAGGGGGGAAUUCUUGCUGGUCCCGUCACUCUACCCAAAGGCAACUCACUGGGCCUUCCCUUCCAAAAAGAGUCACUCCUGGGCAUGGUAUCAAACCCCACAGAGGUGUUCUGCUCCGUACCGGGCCGCCUCUCCCUGCUGAGCUCCACGUCCAAGUACAAGGUUACGGUGGCUGAAGUCCAGCGGCGUUUGUCACCUCCUGAGUGCCUCAACGCGUCGCUACUGGGAGGUGUUUUACGCAGAGCUAAGUCAAAAAACGGAGGUCGCUCUCUAAGAGAAAAGUUGGAUAAAAUCGGACUCAACUUGCCUGCGGGAAGAAGGAAGGCAGCCAACGUUACCCUACUCACUUCACUGGUGGAAGGUGAAGCUGUUCAUUUAGCUCGAGACUUCGGUUAUGUUUGUGAGACUGAGUUUCCUGCAAAGGCUAUUGCUGAAUACCUGGGAAGACCACACGUGGAGCGAAACGAGGUUAACUCUCGUAAGAACAUGCUACUUGCUGCCAAGCAAAUAUGCAAGGAAUUUACAGACCUGCUCACUCAGGAUCGGUCACCUUUAGGAAACGGGAGACCUACGCCCAUGUUGGAGCCUGGAAUCCAGGGCUGCUUGACGCAUUUCAGCCUCAUCACUCACGGCUUCGGCUCUCCAGCCAUUUGUGCUGCAAUGACCUCACUCCAAAACUACCUGAAUGAGGCAAUCAAACAAGUGGACAAGAUGUAUUUGAGCUCAGGGAGCGACACCCAAGGAUCCUCAGACAGUGGCAGCAAGUCUACCGACAAAAUGGAGAAGCACAGGAAAUGAAAGCGCACAAUCCCUGAGAAUCCCUUUGGACUUCAGAAUCCCAGAGUCCCCUUCCUCUUGGCCCCGUGUCUGACAUUUUUUUGGACUUUUUUAAAAUAGAUAUGUAGUAUUCUGAAUUGUGCAUGGGUGUAUAUGUUUGCUUUUUUCUGAAAAGUUCAGCUUUUUUUUUUUUUUUUUUAACAACUUGUGACACUUGGUUGCAAAGCCACAGUGUUGGCAACAACAGGCAGACGCUUUGGACUCGACUUAACGGAAGCCUGUUCUGCGACGAACCCCAUUAAACUAACCACCAUGUUGUUAUAUAAAGUGCUAAAAACCAGAGAACUUUAUGAACAAGAGGAGGAAAAAUGACUUUUUUUUCCUAUCAAGACAUUUCAAAAAUAAGUUUCUGUUGCUGUGAAUUCCUCUCAGCUUUCCCUCUCAUCCGCCGUCUGGAGGCAAAUCCACUGAUUUCCUGUCUCUAAGGACCUACAAAAGGACAUUUAGUGUGUUUGUGUGCAUGGAAAGAGAGCGGUUGUGUGUGUAUGUUUGUAGACUCACUUCAGAAUGCCUCCAGUGUUAUUGUGUUUUGUUCAUGGGAGAUGAUGGGAGUCUUGUGCUGGACAAUGAUCUGUUUUCCAGUGUGUUCUUUUGACACGAUGGCAGAAAAUCUUCCUCAGUGUUCUUGUGAAUACCAGGCAUCUCUUAGACAUGGCAAUAGGAAACAAUAUUUCUGUGACAAGAUUAUUCAGCAUGUUAAGUAUUAAAAAAGCCUGACAAUAACUGACCAGCAUACCUUGCCAGGGUGUAUGUAUGUGUGUGUGUUGUGAGAACAUGUGUAAUUGUAAAUAUUUCUCUUUUUCACUUUUUAAAAUCAGAAACUCAAUUCCAAACAGAAUUUUAUCCAGCGUUUUGACCUGGAUGUAAAUAUUUUCUAAUUUAUAUUGUUAUUUAAUGGGCUUGUGUAAAUAAUGGUAUCAUAAUGGUGUAUGGUUUAACUUUCAAUCAUGUGUCAAACUUUUAUAAAUGGGUCAGUUUUUUUUUUUUUUUUUUAA